AUGCACGAGAAGCAGACCCAGCCUCUUGAAAACGGGCCCGUGUAUCCACCAACAGGCGCUCAGUUCCGCGUACUCAUCAACCAGGCAGCUUCGGUACUGGUCGCCACCAUUAGUACCACUCCGGACAAUUUGAAGCAUCCGCUGCCCAUAGAGCAGAGAGUUCCACUGAAGCGUUGGUCAGACAUGGCCUACCUUAGCUGGGAGAUCCUGAUGUACCAAACAGAUGCUAGGACGAAGCUGGCGCCUCCUGAGCGCAUCAUCAGACUUAACAUCUACACCACCAAGACACGUCAGGCCAUUGCGCACGUGCUUGGUGGCCAGAUGAAGGAGUAUCCAGGUCAAGUCUUCGAUGCAAGAUCCGAGGAAGGGAUGAUGUUAAUGGGGACUCCACAUGGCAAAGGUGUGGCAUACUUCUUGUUCCAGCACAAGCACUUCAUGGGCGUGUGGACAAUCGAUCAAAUACAGGUCUGGGACAGUGUUGGACAUGUCCCUGGCAGUGAUGGAGUGGGCAGGUGGCCCUCCAUGGCCUUCUACUUUAAGCCUGUGGUGAGUGACUUUAGGAGCAUAGACGGGAAGAUGUUGAAGAGUACUGGUCCAAAAGGUGAAGGUGAUGUAGGCGAGGAAAGUGGAGGACAGGGUCGGGAACAAGAAUCAAGUCGUGAGCAGCAAGGAAUGGACGACGUACGGCCAGGCACUGAGGAGCUCCAGCGGGUGAGCAGUAGUAUUGGAGCAGAGCAAGUCGGUGGGUCAGCGUACCAAGCAGGUCAGGAGAGCAGUACUCCCGAACCAGAACAAAGGAAGGGCGACGGGUCUCGUUGGCAGAAGCUCAAGUCCACAUUCAGCAAGAAGAAAGACGGCUCCGGUAUCUCCUAG